UUAGCAUUGCCUGCCUGUGUAAGCGACCCAUCAGCAGCAUUAGUGAAAAGUGUACUGGAACCUCUUCACAAUCUCCAGCGAUUGGGAAAAAUCGGGGCAGAUCCUCUAAUCAUUGUGAUUAAUGGGCUCUGCGAGGCUGAGUAUCAUCGUCCAGAUCAUGCAGUUACUCUUGCUUCAUUUCUUGCUCGCCAUGCAGUCAAACUACCUUCUUUCAUCAAGCUGGUGGUCAGUGUACGGUCACAGUUGGCAGACUUAACACGCUUGUUACCUUUCCACCGCAUAUCACUAGACCCUGACUAGAGAGCCGACCCAACGGCCGACAUGCCCACGCGAGAUCUGAGUGACUACGUCGGUUUCCGGUGUAUGCAUUCAUCAACGAUUAGAUCGAACACCACUGUUACCCAAGGCAAAAUAGAAGGGUCCCUCCAGCACCGCUUUAUGCAACAUGUAGCCCAAAGCAAAGGCUCAAUGCUGUUCAAGUUGAUACUAGAUCUGAUUGAACGAGGACACCUUGUCAUGAAGUCUGGCUCAUUCAAGGUCUUGCCGCAGUCCCUCAGUGAAAUAUUCAUGCUUCUGUUCAACUUACGGUUUCCCAGUGUGCGAAGCUUUGAAAAGGUGGAACCUAUUCUGAAUGUUAUACUAGCAUCACUUAACCCACUGACAUUGCCGGAGAUUUAUCAUUCAGUAAAUGCUGGACUCCUUUACAAAUUCCUUUCCUGGGAUGAAUUCCUAAGUCGUUUUAAGAUACUAAAUUCUUUCCUUGUGAAGAAAGCUCAUGUAUACAAGAACAUGGCACGAUCACUUCCACUGUCUCCACGUGAUCUGCAGGGUUUGUGGCUUGCACAGUCAUCACACAAUGUCUCUCAGGCGCUUGCUUGCACAAGAAACCUGUACAGCCCCAACACAAAGGUAUCGAGGCUGUUACUCCUGGCAGGCGCUUCACUAGACUACCCCACCCUCCCUGCCACCGCCGGAGCCAAUACACCCCCCCUGCCUAUUCCCCCUCAAACCUUGCCCCCACCGGAGCCCUUACCCUAA